AUGGUUGUUGCAAUUGGCGUGGAAGCUCGGCAGCAGACACCCACUGGCUUAGGUGGGCUUGGUAUACCAGAUCUUGAAGGCAUGUUGGGUGGUUUGCCAGAUGCCAGUUCAUUGAGCCAAUUUAUGCAAAAUCCAGUUAUUUCACAAAUGAUGCAAAGUAUCCUUUCCAAUCCUCAAACAAUGAAUCAGAUUCUUGGUAUGAAUACUGAUCAGCGUGGGGUGCCUGAUCUAAAUUCAAUGAGAGAAGUGAUGCAAAACCCAGAGUUUCUUCGCAUGUUUUCCUCACCCGAGACAAUGCAGCAACUCUUGUCUAUGCAGCAAGCUCUUAUGACUCAGCUUGGUCAGUAG